CUUAAACAGAAGCGUUCCGAGGUGCUCUUCAGCGCUGUGUCUAUUUUACAUGGACUUUCGGAGUGCUUCUCCGUGGAAUGUACACACGUACCUUAACACGCCUUCUCAGCUGUGCCCUGGGGAGGGGAGACGCUUGUCUGAGCAUCUCACGAUUCCCAGCAGGAAGAACAGCCUCGCCCCCCCGUCCGCAGUGUCCAGUAAGAUAAAGGUGCCACUGGCCCAGCCCAUCGCGAAGAAGGAGAAGCGGCAGAGCUCCUCCCGCUUCAGCAUCAGCAGCAACAGAGAGCUCCAGAAGCUGCCGUCCUUGAAAGAUGUUCCUCCUGCUGAUCAAGAGAAGCUUUUCAUCCAGAAGCUGCGUCAGUGCUGCGUCCUCUUCGACUUCGUCUCCGACCCACUGAGCGACCUGAAGUGGAAGGAAGUGAAGCGCGCGGCCCUGAGCGAGAUGGUGGAGUACAUCACCCACAACCGCAAUGUGGUCACGGAGCCCGUCUACCCCGAGGUGGUGCACAUGUUUGCAGUUAACAUGUUUCGAACAUUACCACCUUCCUCCAACCCUACGGGAGCAGAAUUUGACCCAGAGGAAGACGAGCCGACGUUAGAAGCAGCCUGGCCUCACCUGCAGCUUGUUUAUGAAUUUUUCUUAAGAUUUUUAGAGUCUCCAGAUUUCCAACCUAAUAUAGCGAAGAAAUAUAUUGAUCAGAAGUUUGUAUUGCAGCUUCUAGAGCUCUUUGACAGUGAAGAUCCUCGAGAGAGAGAUUUUCUUAAAACCACCCUUCACAGAAUCUAUGGAAAAUUCUUAGGCUUAAGAGCUUACAUCAGAAAACAGAUAAAUAAUAUAUUUUAUAGGUUUAUUUAUGAAACAGAGCAUCACAACGGCAUAGCGGAGCUGCUGGAGAUACUGGGAAGCAUAAUCAAUGGAUUUGCCUUACCACUCAAAGAAGAACACAAGAUUUUCUUACUGAAGGUGUUGCUGCCUUUGCACAAAGUGAAGUCUCUGAGCGUCUACCACCCACAGCUGGCGUACUGCGUGGUGCAGUUUCUCGAGAAGGACAGCACCCUCACGGAGCCGGUGGUGAUGGCCCUGCUCAAGUACUGGCCGAAGACCCACAGCCCUAAAGAAGUGAUGUUCCUGAACGAGCUGGAGGAGAUCCUGGACGUCAUCGAGCCGUCGGAGUUCGUGAAGAUCAUGGAGCCGCUCUUCCGCCAGCUGGCCAAAUGCGUCUCCAGCCCGCACUUCCAGGUAUGGUGCGAGGCGGGCGCCGAGCCCGCUUCCCUGUGCCUCGAAAUAGACGCUGCGGCUUUCAUGCCGAAACACCUUCGCGUCUGACCCCCGUCACUUCGCAGCUAGUGAGCAGAACGCACCUUCCGCAACGAAGCUUCCUGCCAUUGUCCGCCAUGCCCGGCGGCGAGUGGCGGUGGCCGGAGGCUGCGGGUGAGGCGGCCACUCCCCAUGCCAGCCCUUGUCUCCGGCGGGGGUGUCCACGUCACUCUGCUCCUCUGGCGAAAUCUCACAAUCUGACCGUUGUCUCCGCCCUCCGCACAGCUCACUUUCUGCCCUUCAGGACCCUCCAAGCU